UAUUAUAAAUAUAAAUUUUUAGUGUUAAAACGCGUAAACUGCUCUUGUACCGUAAUCUGAACAAUAUAGCACAAUCUUAGAAAAACAAAAAACAAAAAACAAAAAAUAAAUAACAACAAACAAAAAACAAUAGACACACGUACAAGCGAACGUAAAAAAAUCGAAAAACAAAGUCAAGUUCAAUGCUCGAAAUUUAUUCUCAAAACAAUUCGUGGUUAAGCGUAAAGUGCGUAAAGUGUGGUUCAGCUCGAGUGUUUAACAGAGCAGCGGUGCGCCACACUCCAUAACAUAAACAACUUAAUAAGCAAUCAAGUGAAGCGCUACUGUGCUGUCGAUAACAGCGCCGCUGUAUGCGGCCUUCACUGUUCCCACCGCCAAUUAAGUUUAAGUUUUAAUACAAAGCUUACAAGCUGCCGUGAGUCCAUCCAAAAAAUACACUCACACACAAACAUUUUUGCGAAACCUUGCAGAACACUAGAAGGUGUUAGAGAAAAAAUUAAUCUGUACCUUGGAACUAAGUGAUAGCCGAGUAAUUUUAUUAGUCGUCAAUUCAAAGCCUAAACAUAGUGCAGAUUUAUAGAGGUAGUUCGAUAUAUUCCAAGUAUUUGAAGUCAGAGCCGCUUUCAAAUGUUGAUAGUGGAGCGCAGCAGAGUGAGCUAAAACUGGAAGGAACAUAAUGCAAUAAAUAUAUAUCGUUUUAAAUACAUCAAUGAAAACUUAUAGAAAGAAAAGAAAAAGAUUGAAAUUAUAGAAUUCACUUGGGGCUAUAAAACGAUUUAAUUUUUGUCACCUUCAAUUUUUUUAUGGAUAUUUUUUUGAGGACGGAAAGAACGUCAAAAAUUGUUAUAUAAUUUUACGUGUGAAAGUUCAAGAGCAACACUUAAAAUUCUAUUAAAAAUUUGGCAGAAAUUAAAUAAGACAAACAAAAUUUGUUUUAGAACUUGAACUCUUUUUCAAUUCAAAGCUAUAUUUACGAAUUAAAAUUAUUUCACACAUUUAAAUAUAUUGAAAAACAAUUCCAAUUAAUUCGCAUUCAAUUUAUUUAUGUAUAAAAAUGUGUAAUAAACGCUGUUACUUGCACUCCAUGACGUCCAUUCGAUUUAUAAUUUUGUUGCUACUUUUUGACACCGUGACCACAUUGAUCUCUGCAGUAAUAAUUCAAGAGACAAUGGAUGACUUGCCGGACACUGUGCAACCAUCAUCAACUACAUCUCCAAGUUAUGACGAAACGUUUGAGCCAGAAAAAUUCAACUAUAGAUGUCUAAAUACUGAUGAAAGCGCUCGUGAGGACUCACUUCGCAUUGGUUUGCAAAUUACAGAAGAUCCCUUGCAUCAAAUCAUGACGAGGAUAUUUGCGAUUUUUGUUCAGAAUGUCCUCACAUAUGAAAAUGUGGAACUUACAAAUUUUGACGUCUAUGGCAACAAAUUUGGGCAAGAAGAUCAGUUCCAUAUGUUAGAAGAUAUGACUUCUUUUUUUGUUGAGUAUAAGGUUACUAUGAUAAAUGUAGGAGUCAGAAUGCCACCAGGAUUGUACAUAAAAGUGCCGGCACAUAUUUAUGAAGUUGGUUCUUCAAUGCCGUCUGGCCGAUUUGGUUGGUUUGUUCCUGAGUAUCAAAUAGAUCGAACCAUACUUGAGGGAGGAGCCAAAUUCGGCGAUUCUUUUGAUGGUCUUCACAACUCCGCAUAUUUAAACCCGUUAAAUCCAUUUUAUCAGCAGAGUAUAAUAGAUCAUGAUAUCUUAAAAUCAUUGCUCGAAAAUAAUGGUGCGGAAAUGCAUGUGAGCGCUAUGUGCAAGCAUCAACACCAAUGCGUUACUCUUAUUGCUGAGUACAAACUUGAUUCAAAUUUUAUAAUAGAACAUAUAAAUGAAACGAGCAGUUUUCUUAAUGUUCUUUGGCUGGGUCCAAAUUUUCGUGAAAAACUUGCUUGGUUACAUAACCUCUACCAAAACGAUUCCAGAUACAAAGAUAAAAGGUUUAUUGUCUUGCAUUGGACACCCUCUGAUGUGAUUGAUGGUACUUUCAAGUAUAGGAGUAUUGUGAUGCCACGUUGCGAACAAUUGGAUUCGUUAAUGAAUUCGUUCUGUAAAUAUGAAUUGACGCCUGUAUUGAAGUACUUUUACAAGAAGGCAUCCAAUGAACGUUAUUUGUUGCAUGCUUUACAUAACUUUCGCCUCGAAUCUCAAGACUUACAUAAUUUGAUAAUGCUGCAACAAAGCUAUAUGCCACAUAAUGUCACUAAUUUGCAAAUGUCAAUAGGUGAUGUUUACAAUAAGGUUGCUUGCGACUGGCUGCUUCAUAAUAAGGAUAGUUACAUGUCAUGGAUGAGACCUGAUAUUAAAGAACAAAUUAGAAUAGGCGGCAUUUUUCCCAUAAAUGAUACUAGUCGCGGUCAUCAAAACCUUGUAUCAGUCAUUGAUAGUGCUGUUGAAGCGGUUAAGAAAGAUUCAACAACAUUAAGCAAUUACGAAUUCAUUGUACCUAAAAAUGACGGACAAUGCAAGCCAGAUGAAGUACUUAAAUCAUUUAUACAUUUCUUUUUUAUAGAAAAUGUUUUAGGAAUUUUGGGUCCAGCAUGUAGUGAGACUGUGGAACCAAUUGCUGGAAUAUCAAAACAUACAAACAUGACAGUCAUAUCCUACUCAGCUGAGGGUGCUUCCUUUGUUGAUAGAAAAAAAUAUCCAUAUUUUUUUAGAACAAUUGGAUCAAAUUGGCAAUAUGUGGAUGCCUACAUAACUUUAAUGCAACGUUUAAAUUGGCGACGUGUAGCUGCACUAACUGAAGAUGGCCAAAAGUACACGGAGUAUCUGUCACAUAUGGAAACAGUUAUGAAGGAACAAGAUCUUGAACUCAUAGCUAACAAGAAAUUUCUAGCUGAAGUGAGUCCGGAAGAAAUGAACAAGAUACUUAGAGACUUGAAGCAGCGGCAUGCCAAAAUUAUUAUAGCAGAUAUCCACAAUCGAAACGCUGAAGUAGCUUUGUGUGAAGCCUAUAAGUUGGAAAUGACUGCAUAUGAAGGUUAUGUGUGGUUUUUACCGGCAUGGCUGUCAAAAAACUUUACCUCAGUUCACCAAUUAGCUUACAAUUACAGCUGCACUAGCGAGCAAAUGAAAAGGGCUUUUGAAGGACAUUUCACAAUAAUGCACACACCAUUUGGAUCACCUAAAUCAAUUAUGCAAGAAAAUCGAACCAUAGAAGACUGGCUGAUCAAAAAUAAUAGCAGUGGUAUUUCGAACUACGCUGGAUUUGCUUACGACGCUGUGUGGACAUACGCCUUGGCUGCCGACAAAUUACUUCGCGAAUAUAGUGAAGCUGUAAACAAUUUACGCUCUGAAACAGUCACAAAGCGUUUAGCUGAGAUAAUUUGGGAAACAGAUUUUGAAGGGUUAUCUGGUCGAGUGCGCUUUGGUCAAGGAGGCUCAAGAAUAACUGAUCUUGAUAUUAAACAGUGGCGACAAACAGGAUUUGUGCAAGUUGGUCAAUUCAAGCCAAAAAUCGUUGGUAUUAGAAGCGCUAUGCACACUGAAGGUGGUGACUUGAUUUUGGAUUCUAAUACCAUUGAAUGGCUCUCAGCUACUAAACCACCUGGCGAUGGAACAUAUGAUUGCACAUUUGCUGCAUUGGCCAAAACACUGAAUACAGAUUGUGAUAGUGCAGUCGUUGUGUUUACCACUAUACUCUGUGUUUUGGCUGUUGUGACGGUAUCACUUAUUUCAUUCUUCUUUUGGAAACAACGGUACGAUAGUAAGCUCGAACGUUCAGCGAAAAUCAUGAAAACGUUCGGUAUUGAUUUGUUAUCGCCUUCACGCAAUAAGAAUAACACCUUAGACAAAUGGGAGAUACCAAAAGAAAACGUGGUUAUCAAUCGACGUUUAGGUGAGGGCGCAUUUGGUACUGUGUACGGUGGGGAGGCUCAACUUACAUCUGAAUGUUGGACAGCAGUGGCUGUGAAAACACUUAAGGCAGGUGCAUCUAGCGAAGAUCGCUUGGACUUUCUUUCUGAAGCUGAUGCUAUGAAGCGUUUUCAACACAAAAACAUUGUAAAACUACUUGGUGUUUGUCUACAAUCUGAACCGAUUUAUACCAUAAUGGAAUUUAUGUUGUACGGUGAUCUCAAAACUUAUUUACUGGCGCGUCGGCACUUGGUUAACGAUAAAACAACUGAUGAUUCUGAUAUUUCACCAAAGCGAUUGACUAUGUACGCUUUGGAUGUUGCUAGAGGUUUAUCCUAUUUAGCGCAGCAAAAGUAUGUGCAUCGCGAUUUGGCAUGUCGCAAUUGUUUAGUAAAUGCACAACGGGUAGUGAAGUUAGGCGAUUUUGGUAUGGCAAGGCCAACAUUUAAUAGCGACUAUUAUCGUUUCAAUCGCAAAGGCAUGCUACCAGUACGUUGGAUGGCUCCUGAGUCUUUGGCAUUAGGCAUGUUCACACCUGCCUCAGAUGUUUGGGCUUUUGGUGUGGUUAUAUAUGAGGUUAUAACUUUCGGCUCAUUCCCUUACCAAGGUCUCACUAAUAAUCAAGUAUUGGAAUUUGUGAAAAGUGGCAAGAAACUGCAAAUACCAAAUGGUGUGAAACCACAAUUAGAGGGCUUACUAAAUGCAUGUUGGAGUCAAGAUGUUAAGAAGAGGCCAACUGCAACAGAUUUAGUCGAUUACAUAUCCAAUUAUCAGCGACUAUUAACGCCUUGCCUAGAUUUUCCAAGUGCCUCUGUUGCAAUGGCAGAAACUGAAAGUGAUGAAAUGGAACUGCUUCCAAAGUUACGCAAAUGUUCACCACAGACCGACACAACAUUGGACUUGGAUAUAGUAUCUCAAGCAAGUCUGCAAAACAAUUUCGAACGCAGUAAUCAAUUAAUACAGGACAUGCCGCCAACACAACCAGUGGAAAAUCUCUAUGUAAAUCCAAUGAAUAUUGAAACGUUUUCUGCAGUAACACCCGAUGGCUACAGUGUCAUGUCCCCACUGUUAAUGCACCAAAUAAGCGAAACCUCGAAUUCUUCACAAGCACGUCUCUUGCCAUCAGCGCCAGCUGAGAGACAGGAACAAACACCAUUUUAGCCAAAACUAUAAUUUAGUGUACCAUAUAAAAGUAUAUUAAGUCUUCCUUUUGCCAAUCAACUAAAAUUUUUUGUUAGGAUUGGCAACAGAAUUAGUUCUUAAUUAUCAGAACGUUACACAGGGAGAAUUAUAUUGUGAGCAAUCUAAGCAUAUACGGGUGCAUCUAUAAACCUAUCUUAUAUGUUAACAAUGUUGUACCAGCAAUGUCCAGAUAAACAAUGCCAAUGUCUACAAGCCCUCCCGCAAUAGCACUUCAUGCAGUAUUUUUUAUUGUUUAAACUGCUUUUCUUAAGAAAGUUUUUCAAACAAAUUCAUUUCAACAAUUACUUCAUCCCGCACCCGUUCAAGUAGUUGCCGAGUGAGCAAACAAACUUUUUAUUAUAUAUAAGUUACUCUAAGCUAUAUUUGGAUUUUGAAUAUAAUAAAAGACUGUUUUUUAAUUACUAUUUACAGAUUAUUUAAGCAUUUAACUUUUUCAAAAUUUUGUAAGCCGUUGAAAAGCGCGCACUGACAAUGGAAACACUUUAGCUUUAGCCAAUGUACAAAAAUUUGAACAAUUUUUUUACUAGUCAAAAUAGGAUAAUGUAACUGCGAGCAUUCAGUCGAAUCUAAUAAAAUGUAAAAGUAAUCCUUUCUGUAAAUAGGGCAACCAUAUUUUAGAUUUAAGCAAUGUGCAUGUGCGAUAGCACUUACUAGGCAGCAACGGUUCCGUAUAAAAACUACAAUACAGCUGGAUUUCUCUAUAACGAAAUCAUCUGGAUCAGCAAAACACAUCGUUAUGAAGAGAUUUUGCAUUUUGGGAACUUAAGAAUAUUUUUUUUAAUAUUAAUUUUUUAUAUAAAAAAUAUAUAAAUGUGCAAAUACCAAAUUAACUUUUUCAUGUGCUUGUUUGUUUAAACGCUUAUACAAGAUUGUAACAUAUUUUUAACAUUACAAAUUGAAACAUAUUCAAUGUCAAAUGUGACGCAUCUUAUGACGAAAAGAAACUAGAAGGGUUCAAACAGCAAUAAAGAAGCAACAAGAACAAUUUGUUUAAUAAAAAUUCAAACAUAUCCUAAGAUUACUGAUGUUGAGUACUUGGCAAUAUUCGAAACAAAGCUGUACGGUCAACUAAAUUUCAAUAAAUUAAACAAUUUUUAGUUGUUGCUUCUUCUUCACUCUUUGAAUCCUUCCAACAUAUUCAUUUAUAUAUUUAUUAUUUCAAUUAAUAUCCUAACGCUUCACGUUUGGCGUAUUGCUUGCCGGUUUCUUCGGGAGCAAAUUUUCUUCUCACCACGAUACCUAAACUGAAGCCACAUAUGUAUAUACUUUAGAAAUAUAUUUAAUUCACAUAUAUUCAAAUAAAUAUGUAUAGAUACAUUAGUAUAUAUUAGCAUGUAAUGUCUGAAUGAUAUUACUGAGAUAUAUCUGUGAUAAGAUUUUCUAAUAUCUGAGAAUUUUAUGUAACUACACAUCUUAUACUAGGAGAAACGCAAAUAAUGUUGCUUUUUUUUAAAUACGUUGCAUUUGAAUUAUUUGUCAUGUAGACUAAUCUUUUAUUAAAACAAAUAUUUGGGUUCCUGAUAAAAUUUCGUUUUAUAGACUAAUUCGUUAUAUAGACAGACGUCUAACUACGUAACAAAAAAUUGAAAAAUUGCCGCGUUCUCAAAAAAAAAAUGCGUUUUAAACAGGAAUAUAUUAUAAGUGAGGUUUGCUAUGAAGACGUCCGGAUGUAGUUUAAUUUAAUAGUGAAUUUAAUGCACAAAAAUAAUUAGUUUUAAGGUAUAUAAUUUAUACACUUUUUAUAUUUAUAUAUAUUAGUUUCUAAGAAUGGAGUAAUAUAGGAUGAAUAACUGCUAGUUCAGCUCUCAAAAUAUUAGCAAUGACUUUGUUUCUUACUACUUAAGUAUGUUCCU